AUGACGACCAAGUCAAAAACCCAUCCGCUCAAUGGGAUGCACACGGCUGGCAUAUUUUCCGACAUGAGCGCUGAUGGGCCUGAGAUUGGCACACUGGUGCUCGUCGUCGACCGAGCAAAGAACUUGCCGAAUCGCAAGACCAUCGGGAAGCAGGACCCCUACUGCGCGGCCCGCUUAGGGAAAGAAGCAAAGAAGACCACAACCGACAUCCGUGGCGGCCAGACCCCGAAAUGGGACCAAGAACUUCGAUUUACCGUUCACGACUCGCCCGAUUACUACCAGCUUAAGGUCUCGGUAUUCAACGACGACAAGAAGACGGAAUUGAUUGGGGAGUCCUGGAUCGACCUGCGCGACAUUAUCGUGGGAGGCGGGGGGCAGAGCGACCAAUGGCACCAGCUUGCGUGUCGGGGCAAGUACGCCGGCGAGGUCCGCAUCGAGAUCACAUACUACGAUAACCGCCCCAAGCCGGAGAGACCUGUCGUAAAGGCGAAACCGCCAGUCCCGACCGACGUUGAACCAGCUCCAGCCGCCGUUGGGCCAAGGCCAGUGCCGAAGCGCCGCCCGUUGCCCACGGAUCCCGUCACUGGAAAAUCCCCAGCGCCGCCGUCGCCCGUACCGGAGCAGGGUGAGACGCCGCUUCGACCUCAGCCGAAUCCCGCUCCAGUUUCGCACCAACAACCUGAGUACUACCAACAACCGGACCAAGGCAGGGAGCUUGGGACUCCGCCUCGCCGCGCCGAACCGCCCAGCCAGUACCGGACGCCCGAGAGGGCCGAACAGCAGCAUGCCGCCCAGCACGACCAGAUCUACAGCACACACCGGCAGCAGCCGGCAUAUGACCGCCAGGAAACAUACGAGUUUCCACCGCUUAACGACCACAGGCCUGUUAAUGAUGACCGGCCACCCCCACCGCCCGCCCAUAGGAGCAGAACUGGAAGCAACCCUUCGAUGAACCCGGCGUUCCAAACGACGCCACCAACCAUGCGACAGGAUGUGCUGAGGAGCGAAGCCCACCGAAACUCUGUCUCGGGAAGCUACCCCGGAAGGCCGACAUACAAGGCGUACGAUUCUGCCCCUGCAGGUCUCCCCGGCAACCAAUACUCCAAGGCGGACCAGGGCCAAUCUCGGCAUUAUUCUUACGAUGGAAAUUACGAACCACAGAGGACCAUGCAGGCUACCGUCGAAGAUGUGCCCGAGUCGCCCGAGUCUAUGAGCAACCCCAGAAGGACCUCGGGACGCUGGCCGCAACCGCAACCUCAAUCGCAAUCGCAGCCCCAUCUUGACCGGGACUACGACAUGAGCGCCAGUCCUGCGCCGCUCGCUCUUUCAGGGAGGAGCAGCACCGAGUCAUCACAUUACCAACAGGACCCGAGACACACGCAAGACCCGAGGCAUCAAGGUACCAACGGAUAUCAGAUGGUUGCGCCCGAGAUUCCUCAAAGGCAAUCACCAGACUAUGCGCCAAACUAUGGCAGGCACUCGGAACCUUCCCUGCCAUUGCACGGUUCCCACACGGCGCAAAAAGCACUGACGUACCGGAGCGAGCUUGACGACACCUCGAACGGCUACCCGGUACCUCCGGUGCCGGCAUCCCUUGUUCCGGGCGUCGAUCCAAACAUUGGCCAGGAAGUCCCGGAGCGGAUUACCCAGGAAAGGAGACUGUCCAAUCAGACUCGCGGAUAUGCACAGCAAGCCCUGGUUGAGACGCCCCCCCGGGGAAGGACCAUGAACGAUAACUACGGUUACGAUGGGGCCGUCGUCCCGUACAAUGCCUCGUCUGCCCAUGGUAGGAACCCCGUUACGUACACCAACGGGCCAUCAACGUCGAGCGUCAACGUGGUCAUCAAGUCGCGCGCCUACUCUCCCAACCCGCCGCGCGAUCCCAGCCCGAACCCGCGCCACCAGCAUACCAUCCGACGCAAGUCAGUCAGCCCCCGGCCGCCGGUGGAAAACCGUCAGAUGUCGGGUGUCCCGUUCGGCCCCGACUCCUACGAAGCUUUAAACCCCAAUACCUCAUCGGCCGCCAUCAAAGAUGCAGCCUCUUCUCGUGCUGACUACAGCGAGGCCACCGGCAAGAUCAUCACUCACGAUGGCCGCGAAGUUGACCCCUCCGAUCACCUUCCUAUGGAGACCUGGGCACCCGAGCCCGAGCCAAAACAGCCGUCAUCCACAUCUUCCCGUCCCUCGCUCUCCGGUCCCCAACCUGUGCCCUCUUCGGGUCGCCGUCCGCUGCGCAUCGCGGCCCGCACGCAAUCCAUGCUCCCGGCACCGUCCUCAUCGGCCAUCACCUUCUCCGGGGGGAUAACAGACCACGUCGAACCCAUCACCUCGGCAACAGCGACUGGGCGAAACCGUCUUCAGAAGAAGGCCGCCUACCGCCAGUCGACGUCCGCCAUCGUACCUAUGAUGUCUGGCGCCAUCGGCCCGGCGCCGGGGCGGGACCCCAGUCCCAACCGGGGCACCGUCCUGCGCAAGAGCAGCGGCAGCAGCGGGCACGGGAUGGAACCGGCCCCGCUCGCGCCGCUCCCGUCGCACAUGGACAACUUCACCGCACCACGGGGCAUCCCGCGCGCCGCCACCUUCGACUACGCCACCGGUAACGAGAACCACGCCCCCUACCACUCCUCCCACUCGGGCAGCCCCAGCGGUGUCUACGGCACCUCCCCCGGCAGCCAGCGCCACGCCAACGGCUACAGCCACAACAGCUCCAGCCAACACCGCCGCCACAGCCGCAGCCCCGGCCGCAGCCCCGGCGGGCACGCACACCAGUACAGCCGCAGCGGCGGUAGCAUCAACGGCAGCGCGCCCCCGAUCCCCGCCAAGGUCCCGCUCGCGUUGCCCCCUCCACCCCUAUCCUCAUCACCUGGAAAUGGGAGCGGGAUGAGCGGUGCGCUGCAGCUGCAUAGCAGCAGUGUUGCGCGGCGCGCGGGGAGCGGUAUUGAUGAUGGGUAUCAUCAUGGCCAGGGGCAGGGGUACGGAGGACAAGAUGGGGGGUAUGGGUAUGGGCAGGGGGGUCACAAUGAUACGUAUGGGUAUGGUGGAGGUGGUGGUGGUGGUGGUGGUGGGGGGGGGGGAGGGAAUAUGUCGUUGGAGGAGGAACUGAGGCAGAUUGAUAUUGGGACGGGACGGUCCAGUCGCAGGCAUAAUCAUAAUGCGGGGGGGUAUGCGGCGGGGGGUGGGCAGUUUGGGGCGGUUUAUGGGCAGGGAGGGUAUUGA